AGUCCCCCCCCCCUCUCUCACCCUCUAACUAUCACCUACUGUCACAUUCCUGUUGGUCAGUGGGGAAAAGUUUUUACCAGUCACUCCUCCAGUGUCUCCAGGUUUUGUGUAGACCAGACACAAUGUCAGACAACGAGGAGUUUGAGCAGUUUGAGGUGCAGAAAGCUGAGAAUGACGAGGAACAGGGGGAGGAGCCAGAAGAAGAGGCUGCAGAGGAAGAGACAGUCAUAGAGGAGCAAGAGUCCACUGAAGUACCAGAUGUAGAAGAGGAGUCAGUAGAAAAGGAGGAAGAGCCUGUUGAGGAGGAGGAAGAGCCAGAGGAGGGAGAAGAGGAGGCCAAACCUAAAUUCAAGCCAUUCAUGAUGCCCAACCUGAUCCCACCUAAGAUCCCAGAUGGAGAGAAAGUGGAUUUUGAUGACAUCCACAGGAAGCGUAUGGAAAAGGACCUAAAUGAGCUUCAGACGCUGAUUGAAGCUCACUUUGAGAGCAGAAAGAAGGAGGAGGAAGAGCUUAUUAACCUCACUGACAGGAUUGAGAAGCGACGUUCCGAACGAGCGGAGCAACACAGGAUCCGCAGUGAACGAGAGAAAGAACGACAGAAAAGGUUGGAGGAUGAGAGGACUCGUAAGGAGGAGGAGGAGGCAAAAAGGAGAGCAGAGGAUGAUGCUAAGAAGAAAAAGACCUUGACCAGUCUGCACUUUGGUGGCUACAUGCAGAAGAUGGAGGUGAGAGGGAAGAGACAGACAGAAAGAGAGAAGAAGAAGAAAAUUCUACAUGACCGACGAAAGUCUCUGGACAUCGAGAACAUGAGUCAGGACAAACUCAAGGAUAAGGCACAGGAAUUGUGGUCGUGGCUGCAGCAGCUGGAGGCUGAGAAGUUUGAUCUGCAGGAUCUGAUCAGCAGACAGAAGUAUGACAUCAACGUCCUUCGUAACAGAGUCUCAGAUCAUCAGAAAACCUCCAAGAGAACAAAAAGAGGCCUGAGGAAGUGAUACUGAAGGAGAAGGGAGAAGACUGACCUAUCUGUCUUUCUGAAAAGACUGACCAUAUGCUGUCACACCCUACACCUCUCUGCCCCACUACACUUCUCUCCUGUCCUAUAUCUGUCUGUCACUAUAUCUCUCUCCCCCACCCUAUCUCUGUCUCACCUUGCAACUCUAUCUCACCCUAUAUCUCUGUCUCUCCCUAAAUAUCUCACCCUACAUCUGUCUCUCCCUAAAUAUCUCACCCUACAUCUCUGUCUCUCCCUAAAUAUCUCACCCUACAUCUCUGUCUCUCCCUAAAUAUCUCACCCUACAUCUCUGGCUCUCCCUAAAUAUCUCACCCUACAUCUUUGUCUCUCCCUAAAUAUCUCACCCUACAUCUCUGUUUCAGCCUAAAUCUCUCUCACCCUACAUCUCUAUCUCUCCCUAAAUAUCUCACCCUACAUCUCUGUUUCAGCCUAAAUCUCUCUCACCCGACAUCUCUGUCUCUCCCUAAAUAUCUCACCUUACAUCUCUGUCUCUCCCUAAAUAUCUCACCCUACAUAUCUGUCUCUCCCUAAAUAUCUCACCCUACAUCUCUGUUUCAGCCUAAAUCUCUCUCACCCUACAUCUCUGUCUCUCCCUAAAUAUCUCACCCUACAUCUCUGUCUCUCCCUAUAUAUCUCACCCUACAUCUCUGUUUCAGCCUAAAUCUCUCUCACCCUACAUCUCUGUCUCUCCCUAAAUCCCACUCACUUCCCUCACUAUUGUGUCAGUGUGAAAAUAAAAUAUUUCAACUCUA